CUUAUUUUAGAAACGCAGCCAUUGCAUUCCAAAGUAACAAUGAAACUAUAGUUUUUAUGCCUUACAGUCGAUACUGGCUACAUUGCACUUUGCUUAGACACACACAUUUACAAUGUUCUUUAAGCACUUCCCGUCGGGGUAAUACCUGUCACCAUUUUGAAGUGCGUUCCACUUUGUCAAGUGUAUGAGGGAGAUUUAUAUGGAGAGACCAUUGACCCCUUUAUUUUGACCAAGGGAGCGAGUCUACUUAUAAAACUCAGGAUUUUAUUGUGAACGGACUUGUGUUCUCCACAGCGGCUGACAGUGCACAGGAUCGAAACUAAGAUGGCAUCUGGAAGAAUUCGUUCCACACGUCGCCUGCGUUCCUGGAUAGUGGAACAGGUGAACAGUGGGAAGUAUCUUGGCCUAGUGUGGGACAACCCUGAGAAAACCAUGUUUCGUAUCCCAUGGAAACAUGCAGGAAAACAAGAUUUCCGUACUGAGGAGGAUGCAGCUAUAUUCAAGGCUUGGGCAGAGUUUAAAGGGAAGCUUUUGGAGAAUGGAAAUUCAGACCCUGCAUCCUGGAAAACUCGCCUUCGCUGUGCCCUCAACAAAAGUCCAGAGUUUUGUGAGGUCACUGAAAGGUCACAGCUGGACAUCUCAGAACCCUACAAGGUGUAUCGCCUCGUACCACUAGAAGAACAAGGAGUGGUGAAAGUGAAAAAAGAGAAUGGAGGAAAGCCAGUGAGGAGCAGGAGAAGGAAACACAGUGAAUCCGAGCCAGAUGAGGAGCAGAUUGCAUGCCAGAAAAUAAUCAAAGAGGAGGUUAUUGUGCCCCAGUCCAUCAACAUGAGUGCACAUGAAAUCAUCCCACACACAGGAAGAGAAAUCACACUCCAAGCAGAGGUGGAGACAAACUCCUUGAAGACUGACAACAACACUGAAGAUAUCCAAGUAAACUUCACCAUUGAAGCAGUCGAGAAGAGAGUGCUGCAUUCUUUCCACAUAACCGUGCACUACAUUGGGCAGGAGGUCCUGCGGCGAGAAAUAAUGGCUAACGAUGUUCGGAUCGCUUACCUGCCUCCUUCACCUGUCCCUCCAUCUCCACUGUCUCUAAACGGCACUGGCUUCCAUCGAAUCCCACUCCCAGACCCCCCAUUAGACAUGAGCUCCAACCCCAGCCUUGCCCCACGUUUGACAGCUCUUAACAAAUUGCUGCCCUUCAUGGAGAGUGGAAUAGUCCUGACCUCCACAGGAGGAGGCAUCUAUGCCAAGCGCUUCUGUCAGGGGCGGGUGUUCUGGAAAGGACCACAUAACACCACCACAGGACCCUGUAAAAUGGAGAGAGCAAGUGAGCCCACCCAGCUGUUCAGCAAGGAUAUAUUCAAACGGGAGUUGGACGCUUUCCGCAGCGGAGGAAAACAACCUCAAAGUGAGAUCACGCUGUGUUUUGGAGAAGAGCUGGAUGAUGGAGAUAACAUCAAUGAUAAACACAUCAUCAUUAAGAUUUCUAUCCCCUGGGUUGAGUCGCAGAUAGAAGAGGUCAAGACCCUCAGAGACUCUAUUGCAAUUCUCAAAAGUCUGGCCAGCCAGUCUCCUACAGGCGAAGUGACGCUAAACAUUGUUGAAGUAUUGCAACAGUAACAAACCUCUAAGAUAACACUUACUGCAUUCUUAAUGUUAAGGAUCAAAAUAAAGAAAAACAACUAUAUAUGGCAUGACUUGAGAUAACUUGUAUAAGCACUUUCUUGUAGGUAGUGGAAAUAUAGUAAUUAUUAGAUGCUUCAAAUGCUUAAAAUAUGUAGCCAUAUAGUAGUUAAAUCCAUAUUUAUAAGUAAUAUAAAAUGUCUUUAGUCAAUAUAGCUUUGUUUGUUUCACAGCAAAAUAUUUUGUCAUUUUUACAACUAUGCAUUUAUCAUCUGCCGUUGUGGAGUGAGAGUAAAGAUGUUCAAAAUCAUUAAAUGCAUUAAUAACGAUGUACAUGGUUAACUGCAAGUGGAUUGUUAAAUCACGCUGUACAUUUUCAUCCAACGCUAAUGUUUCACUGAAUUUAUCACUUGUUUUAUAAAUAAAUGUAUCAAAGACAAUAA